AUGCCCGGUAUCACAUCAACAACAGAGACGUCGGCUGUUCCAGCAGGGAUCUGGUGCCCCGUGGUCUCCCUGUACAAAGAUACGCCUCGACAAGAGGUAGAUCUUGAGGCAUCUUACAGGUACUUCAAGCACCUGAUUCGCGGCGGCGUCAAUGGUCUUGUUUUGCAAGGCUCAACGGCGGAGGCUGCGCUCCUUUCCAGAGAAGAGCGAAUCGACAUUACGCGGACAGCACGAAAAGCGGCGACAGAUCUAGGCGUACCAGACUUCCCACUGGCUACUGGCAUCAGCGGCCAAUCGACGAACGAGACUCUGAGACUUGCGGACGAUGCAGCUGCCGCCGGAGCUGAUUUUGGGUUGCUUCUGCCUCCCAGCUACUGGCCAAAAGCGAUCACGAAUGAUGCUUUGAUCGACUUUUACCGAGAAGUCGCGGAUCAUAGCAAGAUCGCCAUCAUUGCGUACAAUUUCCCAGGCGUAACGUCGGGCGUCGACUUGGGCGUCGACGUCCUCUCCCAGAUCGCGGAACAUCCCAACAUCGUGGGCACCAAGCUCACGUGUGCAAACGCUGGCAAGGUCACAUCCCUGACAGCAAAGUUCUCACCCUCACAAUUCAGCGUCUUUGCUGGUCAAUCAGACUGGCUACUCCCAUGCUUGAUUGGAGGCGGUGUUGGAUGCGUGACUGGAAUUGGCAACGUCUUCCCAAAGUCCGUCUCGAAGCUGUACUCGCUAUGGCAGCAAGGCGAGAUUGACGAGGCCAAGAAGCAUCAAGGCCAAGUAGCACUGGCGGAAGCGGCCUGUAAGAAAGGCCUGGCCGCGACCAAGUAUGGAACAUCGUACUUCGCGGGACCAAUUGCGGGACUCUCGAACUCUGCCUCAUUCCAUCCCCGCAAGCCGUACAAAGAAGCAUCGAAAAGUCUCCAGGAGUCAACUAUCUCGACCAUGCAGCACUUGGCCGAGCUCGAGAGGUCAUUG